CAUUGAGGCUUGGGCUGGCUCUGGCAAGCAGUAUAUUUCAAACAUAGACAGGCAAAGCAAAUUUCAAAAACUUGAUAAACUCUUAUAAAAUGUUUUUUUUCAAUAUUCAUGUUUAAAAUUUAUUGAAAAUGUUCCAUUUGCUACAGCUAUAUCUAAUCAGGCCAUAUAAAAACGUAGCCUACAGUACCACAAUGCCCUAAACAUCAAGUGAAAACUAAAAUAAUAACGCAAAAUACAAACAUCACAUUAAUAAAACACUAUUUCAAUCGUAGGCUACGUUUGAAGCUAGUACUGCCUGCUAGAAAUGCCAAAAACGAGUUUAUCCGCUCUUUCUACUUCUGUAUGAGACUCUUCUCAAUAGACGAUCUUCGAUUGCGUGAGCGCCGGGGUUCAGGUGUACGGGUCCAGAGUGUCCGGAAGUGACGUAGCACGCUCACAAGAUAGCAGAGGAUUGGACAGUAAAUAGAUGGACCGAGGAGAGAGUGAGAGCAGUCGGACAUCUCUGCGGGAUUCAACACUGCUGAACGGUAAUAUUCACAUUUAUCGUCCUUGUAUCGACAGCUGCGGCGUUAAUGUUACGUUAGAAAGUCCACAGCUGUGCUUUAAUGACGUGAGACGGUUUAAUGUGAUUGUGGGAUGAAGCUUAAAUGUGCUGACUGGGGCAGCUGUCAGUGGAGCUUCAAGAAUUAAGACGACGACGAGGGUCUGCUACUGUUGACUGUUUAUGAAUGAAUCUUCAGGUACUGAUAAUAAACACCCAAUGCAGUCAGCAGAGACUGUCCUGUAGUCACGCAGCAGAUAUAAUGCAGGGCUGUAGAGGUCUUUUUCGCCUACAUUAUGUAACUCAGUGGACAAUAUCUGGUUGAAUCCUGACUUGUUUAGAAAUGGACUUUUCCUUUGCUUGUGUGAAGCUGAAGCAGAAGGAGGAAAUUACAGGCUGCUGGAGAGGAGACUAAAUUAUAGUGGGCGGUGAAGAAGUGUUUGUUUUUGAGAAACAUGUUAGUCACAAUGUGCUUUUGUUUAUUAUGUUUGAGUACGUGGCUGAGGGAGACAGCAGCAUAAUGUUCCGGCUGGGUCAUACUGGCUGUGAGUGAUCACUUUGGGUUUAAUAUGCUAUUAUACUUUUCAGUCACACCUUGCACGUGUUGUUGUUUUUUGUCAUUUGAAGCUCAGAUCUUAAUAUCCUCAUGUGAUGCAUUAUACUGUAACCAUUUGUUUGCAGUCUAGGCUCAAGUCCUGAAGCUCUGAGUCAAGUCCAAGUCCAAAAUCCAUGUCCCGGACAAGCUGUUGUGCAACUUCAGCAAAAAAAAAUGUGAUGCUGUUAGGAUUUUAGCACUGAGUAAUACUUGUGUCAAUACUUUUAGAUUCAUUUACAAAUGAAAAAACCUGCCCUCCUAUAUUUACAAGUGAAGCUUGUGCAAAAACAAAAUGUGAACUGAAGCAUGUAUGGUCAUGAUAAGCAUGUAAAAAACUGAAAUAAAGAGCAGACAGGUAAAGCAUCAACAUUAAAUCUGCACAGAAGUUCAGACUGAGCGUUUGCAGUUAUUAAUAUUUAGCAAUGCUAGGUUUAAAUUCCACCUCUAUACAAGACUCUACAUUUGGCAAAGUGUCCAUAAAGUGUAAUUGUGAAAAUGCGUACCUUGUUAUGCUGUUACUGUGAGAUUUUUGUCCCUCUCAACAUCCAGAUUUGAUAAUCCUAACAUUGUAAUCACUUUAUACUGACCCAGAUUUAUAACCUGGUCCUACACCUUUAGACAGAGGAAGAUUUACGUCUGAUUUGUUUGUAGUUUUAGAUGUUGUGGAGCCCUCAAAUGCUCCAAACAGUCGACUCUCCUUAACAAAAUCGUGAAAACCUCAAUAAAAGCAGUGUUGUGUUCAAUAACGAAAAUAUUUCGUCAACGCCCAUUUUUUUCCACGACGAAGACAUAACGUUGACAAGCUAAAUAUAAGUCUUAGAUGACUAAAAUGUGACAAGACUAAUGUGCGUUUACGUUGACAAGACUAGACGAAAACGUUAGUGGUGGACGACGAACUGAGUUGCAAACUUCAUGAGCAUUCCGUCAGUCAAAUGCUAAACGUAUAUUCUGCAGUGUUGUUUUCGUUGACAAUGACGUUGAGGAAAUAUUUUCGUCAACUAAAACAACACUGAAUAAAAGCUGCAUCUAUUGCUUGACUGUUGUGUCUGACUGCUUUGUGUGAGCAGUUCAGCGACCCCCGGCAACCAUCUGACACAAAUCACAUGCAAUCAUUCAUCUGUCUCUUAGGAUGACUUGAUGUCACAACAGUUUUAUGGUUCGGCUGCUUUUCGUUUCUGUGCCGCAGACUCUGACAGUCAGCGAGCGGUGGAGAGGGUUACACGUGUGAGCGCUGGAUGCUGUGAUCUGUCGGCCUGUUGGCAUUGUGUUCCUCUCUCAUUGUGCUGAGUGCGACGUUUCCAGUAAGUGUCCACAUGUGUGUUUGUAAAGGCUUUGCCUCUCUCGUAUCGACUGUGGUGCAGUUACAGGUCACGCUCAGCUCCAAUCAGCCAAAUGUAGUCCCCUGCUGACUAUGUGUUGAAGGCUACACCUCUCAGGUGCUCUUAACUAUGGCACAAAGACACCCAACACCAAACUCACAGCCACUGUGAGCUGCUACUGCACACAUGUUCGUCACUUUAGCCAUUUGAAGCUUUUUUCUACAUUUGUUUUUACGUUACAAGGAGAACAUUGGCAAUGAACCUGAACCCUGACGUCAAUAAAUGAUGAGCGCAUUGUUUUUUAUUUCAGCAGUGAAAAUUAGUGAAGUAUUGUGAACGCCUCAGUUUAGAGGAAACUAUAACAUCUGUUCAAUUUCCAGACAUCAGAAAGAGAAGUGGAGUCCUGGUAUUUCCUCCCAUGCUGCACUUCAUCAGCUGUAGUCUAAACUGGAUAAAGCAGGAAUAUUGUGUGUAAAGCAGAAACAUAUUCAUUAUGGGAAUCUGCCAAAUCUGCAAGUUCUUGAUUUAAUGUUUUAGGCAGAUGCAUCUGGUCUCCCUCAUCUUCAGACUGAUUUUGUCGGGCAUGAUUGAGGUCAGGCCAAUCACAAACGUUUAUCUCAUAUGCGCCCGCUUCGAGAGCCCGGAGGUGUUUUCACGAAUAACCAAGAUGGCUGACCUGAAAGGCUCUGACGCUGCGGUUGAACUUGUAUUAAACUAACUGGACGGCAGCUGAAGUAACAAAUAAAUACACUUAGAUAAUGUCCUACCAGAUACUUGCCGAUUAUAUUCAACUACAAAACCAAAUGUGAAUGAAAUUUCCAAAGUCCAGGUUUUGUAAGUGUAGCAUUUAGCAGAUUUAUGUCUCCACCCCUUUAAAAAGUCUCAUAGAAAUCAAAACAAUCUUCUUUACUGUGUGAUACUUUUUCAAGUAGAAAAAGUGAGAAUACAAAGUCUGGAAAUAUUACCUCAACUUGAACAUGAAGAUAUCAACCAAAAAUCACAUGUUGUUUGUCCUUUGUGGCUGUAAUGUUACUUGUGUUUUUUUUUUUUAAUAUUUGGUCAUUAUUGGUGUGAUGAACUUACUUGCAAGAUACACUGUUUUCUGAGGACAGCACUCCUCAUUAUUACCUGAUAUUAUGGCGUUACGCCGAUGAUGUUGCGCUGUAUCCUAGUCAGUUCGGUGCAAUAAAAUAAAUAAUAAAACUGCCAUAGAGAGAAAAAAAGUAAGUUUUCUGUAGAAAGCGUCUUGCUUGUGGAUUAUGUCUGAAAUUACACACUGAUCUGCGGAUGUUUCUGCUGACAGAGAGUUAUUACAUACACCGAUGAAGAUCGAACAGAGCAACGACAGACGACAGUCAUGUUUCAUUUUCAUGUCACAUGUAUUGGUUCAUGUUGGAGCUGUUAAGUCACACACUCGGAUGCUGUCACCAAGUCAAGAGGGAGCUAAAUAUUCCUUUAUUAAAAAAAAAGAAUAUUGAUAAUAAAAGGGUAAAUAAUCACAGAGGCACACAGAGGAACAGGCUACGAUCAGGUCAUGUUUAAACAGCUUGACUCAUCAAUAACUGUAUUCCAGACCUGGAAAUUGCCCUGAGUACAGUAAUAUACUGUAUUUAAAGUAUAUAAAAUCAUGAAAAAUGCAGUCUCAUUGUAUGACAUAUUAUUACAUGUGAAUCUGAUCAUUCAUACUUCUGUAAGAUGGCAGUACCUGACAGGCCUCCUUAAAAUCAAACAUUUUAAUCCACAGAUUUGUGUUUUUUGAGAGGUGAACUUGCUUGGACUCAAGUGCCACAGACAGGGUAGAGAGGUGAUUUGCAAGAUGUGAUACACAUUCAUCUUUGUUUUCAUGGGUUUUGCUGACAUUAAGUGUAUGUCAUUGAAUUUCUCCUCUGUAUUUAUUUUUGAAGUUGUGGGUAACCCUGGAAACGCUGCUCCAUGGCAACACAGAGUUUGUUGCGGGCGUUUCAAGAAAUACCUGGACAUCUGAUCUAUCAGGUGCCACGUCGUCGAGCUUGGUGGCGCAGGAGGGCGGGAGGGUCCUGAUGCUGGGUUUGAGACGGGAAGCUGUAUUUAUGUAAUUGACAUGUGUAGCAGCAGCAGCAGCAGUGUAGCCUUGCAGCUGGUCUGAUCUCUCUAAUCCCGGCCCCGGAGACUCGAUUUGUUUGUUUUUUUGGUCACAUUUGUAUAGCAGUGGCUCCAGCCCUGUCCCAUCAGGCUUAAUGAAUAAGCUUAUUGCUGUGUUUCGUAACAUGAAAAAACAUCUACCAUGUAAAGAUUUAUUGUGUUGUCAGUGGAGGACUGCCGCUGAUGAAGACUCACUAUAACUGUCAGCUGUUGUGAUGUCUGGAACGUGAGUACUUAUAAGACACUCCUCAUGCAGCUUUCCUCCACGUCUGGUGUUUUGGACCUCUUCAUAACACCUUGUGCAGACUGCUGGAUUAAAAUCUUCAUUUCUCUGCCGUUAGCUUUGAUGCUACUACAAAGUCCAAAUCACGAAGACAUCCUGAAGGUGUGUUUGUGUGCGUGUGUGUGUUUGUGUGUGUUACCUUUAAAAGCACAGCAAGAAGAAUCAAAAGGCUGUGGUUGGUUGAUCAAACAUUCAGAGUUGGUCUUUCCUCUCUGGCUCAACAACACCGGAAACCUCGAACUGACUGUAAUAACCCGACCGUGCUGAGAACUUGAUUCUGAUUGGUUAUUGUGUGGCUUCAUAUAUAGUAACUGUCUGUUUUUAUGCUAUGUCAGUUAAAAAGCCUGCUUGCUGUACCUCAUCCUUCACAAAUCACUGCCUUUUUGCAGACAUAUUAAAUAUAUACAGUAAAGUUUUGAAGCAUGAGAAUUUCUUAGAUUGGAUAUGCCAUGAAGAUAAUUUUGCUUUGGAUGAUUUAGAAAUGGUGUCCACUUGUCCUGCUUUUUGCAGUCAGACUGCCUUGUUUCCAAGACUUUCAGCACUGUCUGCAGCACGUGUCAUAGAAGCAUUAAAGCUGGUUGUCUGCACCAGAUUUGAUAGUUUAAAUCAUCAGUUUACAGAUGAUCUUUGCAUUGUCAUGUCACUGUUUCUGCACACAAGGAAAAGCCUCUCUGAAAUGCUGGUUCGCAUAUCCCUAAUUUUCCCUAAUGAACCAUUAAUCAGUACAUUUAAAGAAGAUUCUGCUCACUUUUUUUUUUACUAAUAGUCAGGAGUUAUAGAUCAGCUUUGACAAGUUUGAUCCUAAAGUGAAUCUGAAUUAGUCUUGUCUUGGUUCAAAUGUCAUCUCUUUUUAUCAUUUUCGAGGGAUAAAUGAAACAUGUAGUGCUCAGGUGAGCAGGGUCGACAGUAAUGCGUGCCCAACAGCUGUUUUAAAAAUAGCCUUUCUGUCUCUGUGUGGAGUGUUCACGUCGCGUGCAGCCAUUGAAGGGCAGCUGAGCGGAAAAAGCCAAACAACAAACGCCGGGCUGAGGGAAACGAUGUGAACAUGAAUGUCUUGCCCUCUGUCCCACUCUCUCCCUCUCUGUCUCUAUCCUCUUUACUCGCUCGCCCCCUCUCUCCUCCUCCUCUCCUCCCUCGGGCCCUUUCCUCCCCUCCUUCUUCCUGACUGACAUUUCUGUAAUGACACUGUCUGAGCUCCACAGGCCCCGCUUCCAUCCCAUCCCUAGCUUACUGUGAGCCACACGCAGGGCCAGCUUGUCACACCGAGAGCCCGCCUGGCACGCCUCACAUCUAUAUCAGACCACUAAAUGCCAAUAAGGACAACUCAGCUUGAUUGAGAAAGUAAGCACCCUCGAUCUUGUGGGCUCCUCGAUUCUGUGGGCUCUGACGGGGAUAAAGUGGUACAUUGCCAAAGGGUUUAUUGGACAAACUCAUCCGCCAGUUUUAGGACUUGGAUUCUGCUGAGAAGUAGGUUAAGCCCCACAUCUUCUUUAUAUUUGGGCAGGGGUAUUAUGAAGAGGAGGGGCUCAGAUUAACUCUUAUACCUCACCGUUCUAGUCAUAGACACAUUUAGAAGAAGAUAAAUUUAUCUACACCUUUUAAAGUAUAAACGUGGCUAAACACCAUGAGGAAACCUCGUCUCAGAGGGCAACUUUUCAAGAAAGACUGUGAUCAUUUUCUCUGCUUUGGUUUGUAUGCAUACAUGUUUGUGUACAUGAAGUGUAUUCAUACCAUACUGCACAUGGCUUUAAAUGUACUUCACUCUUGUGAUGUGUCUGCUAGCUGAGCUUCUAUAAUUACCACAGCCUGCAGCGCCUCAUGGGGAGCAUAUUAACACACACGAGUGGAGGAGCAAGAACCAGAGCACAUGCACAAGUUAUACACAGGCUGUGUAUGUGUGUGUGUGUGUGUGUUAGUGUGUUGCAGUGUAUACGACUGCUGAUGUGUGCAUCUGCUGAAUAAUAUAUGUGAAAAGAAAAAUGCAUCCCUACUCAUGUGAUCUAUAAUGCAUACAAUGUCUAUAUCUGGACUGGAAAUCUUUUUUUAACUCGGUGCCAAACUGCUAUUUGCGCCUUGAAUGAUUUGAUAAACACAAUUAGAGCAGAAAUAAAUGAGAAAAGUGAGUGACUGUAAUUUUGUCUGUUACCUGUCACUCUGCAGUGUGCUUUGGUUCCAUCCUUAUACAUCUUCCCUCUCAGUGGAUACUUAAAUACAGUGGAUAUAAAAAGUCUACACACCCCUGUUCUCCCAAAUCUCUCAAACGCAUGUGGGAAAAUGUCUUAUGGUCUGAUGAAACCAAAGUUGAACUUUUUGGGCAUCAUUGCAAAAGGUAUAUUUGGCGCAAAAUCAACACUGCUCAUCACCAAAAGAACACCAUACCUACAGUGAAUCAUGGUCGUGGCAGCAUCAUGCUUUGGGGCUGUUUUUCUUCAGCUGGAACUGGUGCCUUAGUCAGGGUGGAGGGAAUUAUGAACAGUUCCAAAUACCAGUCAGUGUUGGCACAAAACCUUCGACCUUCUGCUAGAAAGCUAAAGCUGAAGAUGAACGUCAUCUUUCAGCACAGCAAUGACCCAAAGCACACAUCUAAAUCAACAAAAGAAUGGCUUCACCGGAAUGUGACUGAGGCUUUGGAAUGGCCCAGACAGAGCCAAGACCUGAAUCCCAUGGAACAUUUGUGGGGUGAUCUGAAGAGGGCUGUGCACAGGAGAUGUCCUCGCAAUCUGUCAGAUUUGGAGCAGUUUUGCAAAGAAGAGUGGGCAAAUAUUGCCACAUCAAGAUGUGCCACACUGAUAGACUCCUACCCAAAAAGACUGAGUGCUGUAAUGAAAGCCAAAGGUGCUGCAACAAAGUAUUAGUUUAAGGGUGCAUAUUUAUGCAACCAGGUUAUUUUAAUUUUUCUACUUUACAUUUUUCCCCUUAAAGGUUUCAGUUUGUUUUUCGGUUGCAUUGUACAGGUUAUAGGUCACAUUAAAGGUGGAAGAAGUUGUGAAAAUAUUUAUCUUGCUGUCAUUUUCUUACAUCACUAAAACCUGGCAGUUGAACAGGGGUGUGUAGACUUUUUAUAUCUACUGUAGAUACUGUGAUUUUGAGCUAAACAAGCGUCUUCUUGGUCUUCAUUCCUCACUUGUGGACUGACUGUGAUCAGCCCUGUUAGCUAAUCGGUUUAGCUCUAAUACGGAUGGAAAAGUUUGAGUUUAUGUCUAAGUCCGUGAGAAAGGGACAUUUUUCUGCUGUUGUAUUCCUUAAGAGCUGGUGCUUAUUGGUCCAUUUUGACUGUACUUUGGUAUUUCAGUGUAAAGCACUCUGAAACUAUUAUUGGUCAUUGUUUUAGAAAUGUCUUUGUACAUGGAUAUUUGUCUGUUACACAGAUGCUGAUCCAAAAAAGGGAAAAGAGAUGAUAACCCUGAUGGUGGCUGUACAUUGCGUUCAGUUCAUGUACAGUGCAUGUACAGUGUGUGCUCAGCCUGCAGUGUCUUGCUCCCUUAAGCUGUAACCUCACAUAUUCAUCUGACCUUUCACCCCAGAGAGCAACAGCACAGCAGACCCACAGCUUCAUAGUUUCAAGUAAGACUCAGCUGCCCGCCACCACCACGCUCACUUGAUCCCAUUUAUCCUGGAUGUGGAAGGAGGAGGUGGAGUAUUUGCAAACAUGAGAUAAUUUAAAGCAAGAAGACUUCAUAAUGUUUUCUGUUAUCUAAGACUCGCUGCUGUUUUGUAUUAUAUCUCUGCACGCAAUCCCAUAAAUCAGGCUCUGGAUUAUCAGGUGCAUACAGUUCAGAGGGAGACCGGUCCAGCCAACCAGGCGCUCUGUCUGCUCCUCCUUGUCGACUCUGCACUGAUGAUAAAGAGAGGAACGGGAUAGAAGGAUUGUUGUGGUGCGGGCAGAAUCCUCCGGUAGUGGUGAACAGUCAUUGUUAUGUAAUUUCCUCUGAGCGCGGAUUGGUCAGGCUGAGGGUUGUCGGUGGGCUCAGCACAGUAAUCUCACCAGCAUUAUCUGUCUCUGAGAAUCAGCGCUUGUUGUGUGCAGGAUUCACUCAUCCAUGCCAGCCUUUGUAAAAGCAACCAAUCAGUUAGGCUGGCCUGUUUCUAUCUCAGGAAAACAGUUUUGUCCUCUCGCAUGGAGUCAACACACUGAGGACCAGCGCAUGUGUUAAUGUUAAAUCAACCGCUGACCAGCUGCCUCCAGGCUGACUGGUUUUAUGGGACUGCAGUUAGUCCCAGUUUUUCACAUCACGAGACUUUCUAUUCAGAAAAAAAUCCUAAAUAUUUUUCAUUUUGAAAUUAACUGAGAAAUUCAGACUCCAUCUCUGAUAUUAAUGGGUUAAUGAAGUUUUUAUUUUUCAGUCAAAGGAAUUCAGAUGUUUUAAAAACUGAACUUUGACCAAGCUAGUAAUAAGCUAGUAUUGACUUGACUUAGCUCUUUUAUGAUGUACUCGGUAAUAGCUGGAUUUGGUAUGUGGUGUAUUACUUGAGGAAGUAGACAGGAUUAGUCAUCAUCAGUUUGAUUCAGUCCGUAUUAUAGCUAUGUGUCGUUCGCGAACGAUUUGUUCAAAAGAACAAAUCUUUUAAGUGAACAUACUGAAUCUAAUCACUCGAGGAAGUAAUUCGGUUCAUUUCUCACUUAAGUCGAGCUGAAGUGAGAAACAGCAUUGUCAGGCCAGCAGCUGGCGAACGAGGGACCGCACUUUCUGGAAUCAUUUUUGUCAGACCUUUUUUAUUUACUGUUAAAUUGCCACCACAACAACUUCCAUACAAUAGGACACAGCAUGUAACAAGUAGUGCAUAAAACCCACAGCAUCCUAUCAUUGCAGCAGUUUGUGAGGGAACGGUGCAUGUUCAGUGUAAGUUCUUCUAAACGUUCAGUGAACGAAUCACUCACUGACCCCAAUUUACCGAGCAGACCUGAUAAAUAGCAUACCAUAAGACAGUACACUUAAAACAUCAUGACUUAUAAACAAGUUCAUUUUUACAAACCUGUUUGCCAAAGCAACACAGCCAAACACUCUCGUCUCCCGGUCCCAGAAGCUAUGAAUUGAACUGAAUCCUGAACUGUUCAGCUGUGUAUCAGUUCAGGAACGAAUCUUUUGAACAAAUCUUUUUAGUGAACUGAUUCUAGUGAUUCAGUACAUCUUAAAGAACUGCCUUGCCCAUCACUACCAUACUAAAAGAGUGAAACCUCCUAUAGAUGUGUUAAAAUUGUCUCUGUCCCGAUUAAGACCUUUACUUCACAAAUCAUUGGUUGUCAGUCGAUCAAAGAUGCUGAGUAAGGCCUUUGUAGAUAGUUUAAGUUACUCUACAAACUAUUUUCAACUUUAUCAUAUUAAUUGUUCUAGAGGAUGCUGGUCCAGGCUCCCUCUGAGCCCUCGACUCCACUGUUGUAACUCUAAUUGAUAGAGAAUACAAGAGUCGAAAUUUUAAAAAGUUGAUAUUUUUACUUUAUUCAUGUCGACUUUAAUCUUGAAAUUUUGACUUGAAUCUCAAUAUUUUAACAUUUUUAACUCAAAAUUUUGAGAUUGUUCCCGACAUUUAGUAAUCUCGAAGUUUCAACUCUAAUCUCGAAAAUUCAAUUUUCACUCUUGAAAUUUCGACUUUGUUGACAUAAUUUCGAUUUUUUAUUUUGGCCCUCAUUUGGCCCUAAUCCUCUUUCCUAAUUAUUGAUUAAAGGAGUAAGAGCAUUAUCUCAUGGCCAAAGCUUUAAGUUUGUUAAACGGAAAUUGUUAAACAUGAAAUUCAGCAGAAAAAUCCCUUCAGUAUGUUGUGAGCGAAUUAAAAUGUGGAGUUUUUAUCCACUAAAGACAGUUUCUGUUUUUAAGUCCGAAGUCAAGCGUCUUCAUUUUUGAACAUAGAUAAAGAUUCUACAACAACACAAAGGAUGUUUCACUAAGUAAACAUGUUGCUUUUGCAGCUAUUUAAACACUGUGCAGUAUCAAUACACAGUGCACAUUCACAAGACGAGCUAAAGGCUCAGGUGACAGUGUAAAUCUCUGCUUUUGUGCCUUUGUCAUCGAGUCAGAUGAAGCCACAUGAUAGCCUCAUAACUGAACAUGUCAGCAUACUGUACCACUUAUCAGACAGCCACAGACUCUUAUUUAUUUUUGUGGUAACUGUAGAUGUGAGUGUGUGUGUGUUUGUGUGUGUGCGUCUGCUUGUUAGUACCUGGCUGCUGCAUGCGAUGUCAGAUUGUAAAAGUAAACCACUUCAAGCUGCGAUGCUGCUUUUUCUCUUAUUAAUGCGAGGACACAGGAGCUGUCAGUGCGGCUGUUCCGCUGCUGGUGAAAUAGUAAUGAGUGUGUAUAACGGAGCAGAGCCAGUGUGGUUUACACCUCUGCUGCUCAGGGAAGGAGAGGGCAGGGCAUCGUCUGACCCACCGAUAGUGUUUGUGUGUUGGUGAUGGAGACUGGACAGCAGGCCAUGGAAAAGAACUGGGGUAAAGCUGAUCUUAAACACUCUGUUCAGACUCUUUUUACCUCUGAAGUUUGAAAUAGUUUAAAUGAUUACUAUUUCUUCAGCCAGAAAUGAUCUGGAGUAUUUUCAACACAUAAAGAAUUUCUGAAAACUUCAUCAGGGCGUCAGUGUCUCUUUCUGCUGUACAUCGUGUUGGGGUAGACAGCCAUAGUAUUUUAUAAAAACCUCCACAGAGUUUGUCAGUUUAAAUAGAUGAAGCAUGGAGUUAGUGAUGUAAAGAUGGUGUUUGCUCUGAAAGAAUAAGAGCUUUAAGAUUGGGACACUGUGUGAUUUAAAGUUGAAAUCUCACAAUUUAUUCAAGAAAAACAUUCAUCAGCCACAUUGAUAUGCGAUGAAUCAUUUGGAAAGAACAAAACAGCAAACAGUCUCUGCUUUCAGCGUCAUAAAUCAUAAGACUAGAAAUAAAAAUCUUAGAGUGAAGGUUAAACGAAGAACUCUUCUUUUUUUAACCAUUCAAGCCAUUUAAAUUAUAACCUAUAAAGUUUGAUUCACUUGUUACUUCACUUCAGUGACAUAUAAAUCCCUUUUUAGGUUUGUGAAUUUAGUCUUUUGUACAUUUUAGAAUGAAUUAUACCAGUUAUUACAGAGUUUGGAAAUUAAAUGUACGACUGUGAUCAAGUCAGAGUGGUCCAAAGAUCGACAAAUCAUGACUGACUUGUGAUUGUGGAUCAUUUUUAGCUUGUCUGCCUGUCUGUUGCAUAACAAGCAGCAGCAGCGUGGCUUAUAGCCAAGCAGUGACCUGCACACUGUGAAUGGACACAGUAUGAAGCAGAUCGAGGCACAGAGCAGCAUCCCAACAGGGGGUCAAGUAAAGAGAUGUUCUCCCAGCAGAGGUAAAUAAAGCAGACAAGAAGGUCAGCUCAAAUAUUUUGGGACUCAGGGCCAUAAAUAUUUUAAAUGAUUAUAAAUAAUGAUCAUCUCAUCCUUUAAUCUUAGUAUAAAGAGCUUUCCUGAUAUAUUUGUGACUCCUUUCUAUCUGAGGUGAUGACUCUGAUCGUUUAUCAACAGAUAAACUCUGAUGGGAGGAAAUUUCCACUUGAGGAAGAUGUGAUCAGAGUAGAAAAUGGAAAGGCUCAGAUUUCAGCUGCUCUGCUUCUUGCUUUCGAAAUGUGAUUUGAAACUUUGAUUAAAGUUGAAUGACUCCUGAUCUGUGUAGGAAAUUGAGGGUGGCAGCUAAAUGGCAGAAUGACAACAAACUGUCUGUCUCUGUAACUUUCCAGAGUUUGCUUUUAAAUCUGCUACCUGCUGGCUCUUGGCAUUUGUGCAUUAUUUGAGUCUCCACAAAUCAAUAUUUCUGAAUAAGUUAAAAGUAAGUGAGAUAUUUAUUUUAAAAAAACAUCUAUUCACAGAUCCAACAAAUCUUUUGGUGUCUGAGUAUUGCCCAAUGAUGUUUCUGCCAGCUUUGGUGAAUGCAAUAAUAAAAAAAGUUUGUAUGGAGAGUAAAAACAGGAGGAGGGUGAUUCACCAUGACUGCAGCUCAGCUUCCACCAACAGUGAUUUAUUUUCAUAAAUCAGCCAAAUCUGUACACCAAAGUGGAGCCUUGGUGUUACUUACUUUUCACAGUGAAUCUUAGACUCAGACUUGUCUUGAAUUGAUCAUUCAUACAACCUACAAAAAUAUUCUGAUAUCCCUCUGUGGUGUUAUAAAGAUUAUAGGUGACCAUAAAGAAGUCUUGUGUGGUGUUGUGGUGAGGGACUGAGCAUCCUUUGCUGUAGCGGCUUAAAUAGUCUUUCGUUGCUGUUUGACAGUUCUUAGCUGGGCAUGUUAGACUUGUUUCAUAAUGAAUUGCGGCUUUGCUUGUUUCCACAUGAGCUUGCAGGCUUGUGAUCUGCUGACCUUUGGAAUUUCGGCUGUAGAGAGAGCGAGACUUUCUUGCUAAGCAAACAGUUCAGGUAUUUGAAUCUACACUGCUCUCUCUCUCUCUCUCUCUCUCUUCCUUCUCUCUCUUUCUCUCUGCCAAUAUUUAACUAGUGCUGUAUUUGGGAAUUCCCCUGCUGUGUCUUUGUGUAUGUGGCGACAUGUUUACAGGAGUGUGUCUGCAGCAACAAGGCAAGAAUAACAAUGUCUGCUCACGCCCACUCUUGUUUUCUGCGGGCCCAGAAGAAUGCUUGACAUUGUGUUAAUUUUAGACAUUUUGCAUCACAAACGGGUAAUUUUAACAGAUCUAACUAUCUGCUAACAAAAUCACCACGGCCUAACGUCGGCUCUUUAAGAGCCAGCAUCCUCAGCCAUCUGCGCCAUGACUCAUUUGACUGUCAUUUCACACCAUUUAAAGGCCGCGUUUGGAAGUCUCCCCCUCAGCCUCGCCCCGGGAUACCAAACCUCCCCCCUCUGGCUGUGUCCCCUGGUGGGUGUGGCUUGAGGAUUGAGAUUGGACAAUGCUGCAACAAUAUGCCAAACCCCCACCCUCCAUGCAUCAUUACAUUCUUACUACACCCCCACUUCAUUAUCCUCCCCAGAGGUUUUUGGCUCUUAAGGACAGGAUAGGGUGGAGCAUCUGUUCUCUGAGUACUUCCUUUCAGCAGCGGCCCACCCUCUCAAUCAGUCACUUUUAAUACACCCUCCCUGCAGGUGUUUUCUCAAUCACUGCCAUCAACACAAACACACACAAUAGACACUCGACCAUAUUAAUUCCUGAUCUUUGUGUGUACUUGCAGGUGAAAAGCAAGGACCCCGAGCCCAGAUCACACUCAGCAGACCCUGUGAGAUGCUUAGAGACCAACUGAAAGGUUAGUGUGUUUUUAAUACAGAGGCAUGCACAGAAGACUGGCUGAAUGAAGUGGUUUUAUUUUCAGAGCAUUCAGCCACAGCCGUGUGAGGGAUCAUGAGAGCUAUAAAAUGACCUUUUGGGAAGAGAAAAGAACUGUUUUUCUGACAGUCUAGCGCUGACCUUUUGGUUUCCCUCCAACCGCUGUGGCCCGACAGUCCUGAAACUUGAACUCCAGUUCUGCUCUCGAGUAUGGAUUACUGCCUGAUGGUGUGAUUGUGGAUUUGACUGCUCAGCCUUGUGAGAAAGUUGAGGUUAAAUGUCUGAUUAUUUUAAUUUUGUUGUAUUUGUGUACUAAGAUUAUGAACAUAUGGUCAAAACUGUUUCCCAUCUCUUUGGAAACAUUGAAUAUCUGCCUCUGUCUGUGUUAUGAUGAGGAGUGUUUAUUAGCUGAUGAAGGAAAAGCACAGCUGUGCAGAGCAUUUACCCCUGAGGUGGAAAAAUAGGUCAGUAAUGUUAAUCUGAUAAAUACAAUCAACAUUUCUCAAUUAGAGUUCCUCUGAACGGUGUGGAUGUCUAAAUGAGUUUGAACAUAUAAAGAAAGAUCCUAUAAUCUUCCAGGUUUUAUUGUUUUAUUUCAUGUGUUUUCGUCUGUUUAUUAUAAUAUCAUACCGCCACAAUAUCAGACUCAAUUUUAACACUAAAACUUCUCAAGAAACUAAAGUUUUAUUAGGGACCCGUUCAGUUUCCCAGGGCACACUCAAACCACCAUCAGCAGAUUGUAGCAUCUCAUUUCACUGAAAACUGAUCACCAAAUUGGCUUUCUAACAAUUGUUUUAAGAAAUUUUCAAGCAAAAUGGUCUGGUUUCUGUGAGGAUUUGAUUUGUUUCUCUUUUUUUUUAAUGAUAAAAUAAAUAUCUUUGAGUUGGAGUCAAAGUAUUUCUGUCAGUUUAGGGGAAAAUGGUGUUUUACAGAUAAGAUAAGAAGAACUUGAUUCAUCCCUGAGGGUUAAUUCGAUAUUAAAUGUAACACUCUGAUAUUAUUAAUCGCACAUAAAUGAUAAUCUAUGGUGAUGUAUAGGACACAGUGUGCAGAGACUGUAUGUGGGCUGGUGAUACUAUUGACAUGCAGAGAACUGAUUGCUGAUUUCAUACAAAGGGAUUUUCUCUUGUGCAGAAACGGUGUGUCCUACUUACAGAGACACCACCGCAGCCGAACCUGCUGUUCCCAGCUGGUGCUGCUUUGAAACACAUCCCCCCUCCUCCUCCUCCUCCUCCUCCUCCGUAUUCCUCCUUCUCUUCUCCUCUCCGCCCCUCCUCUCUGAGUCUGUGCAGAAGGCUCCACCCACUCCUGCAUCCCCUCACACCCCCCUCCUUCCCUCCUCCUCUGCUCUUUGAGCCGCGUCCUCUCUGCGUCAGACGGCUCCAUUCAUGAAAAGUGUGACGUGAGCAGGUCUUCAGCGACUCGGUGACGCUGCCGGCCACCCACUCACGGCCCAGGUGCUGCAGGAGUUGGAGGAAUGUCUGUCAUCCUCCUGCCUCUGUCUCCCUCUCUCCCACUGCUUCUUCUCGCUGUUUUCCUCCAUCCUGACCGCCAGUUCAGUCUCUCUUUCCCCUGGCUGCUUUUUUCCUUUUUUUUAUCCCUCCAUCCCUGCCUCAGAGCUGAGAGAGGACCAUGAAUCUGAGCUCUGUCUGCUGUGAGUAAUCUGCUGAUGCUCUGUCUUUCACUACCUCUGAUAUGAAUGUACUUUCACAUCUUCCUCUGUUAUAGUUGCCUUUGUCAUUUUCCCCAGUCUGUACUUGCUAACGGAGCCUGUCCUGUGAGUGUGUGUGUGUAAGUGUGUGUUUGUAUUUGAAUCAGCUGUUUGCUCAGUAGCAGUGCGGCUGCAGGAGUGUGUAUCUAGCUGUCGUGCGUCGGUGCGUGCAGGAGCUAUUUUGGGCUCAGCGGUGAUGCUGCUGCUGUUUUUUCUUUUUUUUUUUUCUUUUUUUUUGAUGCAGUGCUUCUCUGUGCCCUCUGAAGGACAGGUUGAGUUGUAGGUGAAGGUAUAGACCAGUAGAACCAGCCCUCUCUCUCCUGAUGUAGCAGCCAAAUCCUCCUCUGAGGCAUUAUUACAGCACACAGCGGUCAGAGAUGAGAGACUUUUCUGGGACACACGUGUAUUGUGCACAGCCCAGUUAUGUCAGUAUAUGUGCACAUAACACUCUCAUUUUCAGGGGUCUCAUUUUGUCUCCCGUGAACUGUCUCUUCCUGCUCCAGCAUCCCUGACUUCUUCCCCUCCACUUUACAUCUGCAUCCCUCUUUAUUCACUCGGCUCGGCAGCGGGGAAGAUGUGUGCGUAAGUGUGUGUGAGAGUCCACCUCUGUCCUCUGCUGCUAAGCAUGUUUAUGUAACCGCACUGGAUGAGUAGCCGGCAGCCGGGCUUUGAAAGAGAGGAGGAGGGGAGAGCUCCAUCCAUCCAUCCAUCCAUCCGUCCAUCCGUCCCCUCAUCCUGCUCUGGAGUUUGAAAUCAUGGUUGCAAAGUCACAUCCAUGAGGAGUUUGCAGUAUGGAUCUUUUUGCCUCUUGAGUGUCUGACUCCAGCUGCUUUAGGUUCAAGAUCUAAUAUUGAAACGUAGAUGAGAUGCAUGCUGGGAUAUAAUGAACCUAGGAGCUAAUAGAGGCACUAAUGUGUAUUGAUUUUUUGGCUCUCUGCUGUGGCAGAGUGUCUUCAGGCAGAAAAGAAGAGUUUGUUCACAAAGCCCACUUCCUCUUGUUAAACUCACCUACCCCACUUUCCCCCCCGUCAGUAGAUUUGUGUAUUUUCAUACUGCAGCCGUCAAAGUGGUGUCAGUCGCAGCCAGGCUCUCACAAUAUGCGUAUUGGUCUGUUGUGUCACUUUUUGUGUGUCUGCUUCUCUCUUCGCUCCUUGUUGUUGGCGGAACAGGCAGGCCGUCCCUAUUAAAAGAGCACAAGGGGGAUUGUUGUGGCAGCAGCUGCUCUGGUGUGCAGCGUUGAGUGUGUGUGUGUGUGUGUGUGUGUGUGUGUGUUUGUCUCUGUCUGUGUCUAAAUGUGUGUGUCUGUGCUGCUUUCUCCGAGCCGUGCGGGGCAGACAGGCCCAGUUCACAUGGAGCCGGCUCCUCUUGUGUCCUUUGUUGUCGCUCUGGGAGUCUUUCCCAUUGGAGCGUGGACGGUACAGUAUCACGCCGUGAGCAGCCACAACAGCAACAGAAGAGCAUUUUUUUUUUUAGAUCUCCUUUUGUCUGUUUCUCCUUCAUCCAUCUCAUCUCUUUUCUGUUCCAGGCCACAAAACCCAUCCUAACCCUCCAUGUCUGUUCCUCCCUAAUCUCCUUUCCUUCCUUCCCUCUCUGAGCCCUUCUCUCCUCUCACUGUCUCCUUGGCCUCUCCGUCCCUCCCUGUCUGUUUGCAUUCAUCAUCUAUCCGGAUGAAUCUGGUUGGAGCUCAUAAACAGAGCUCUCUAGAGCUUUAUCAUUAAGCAGUGCAGGAACAAAGAGUCAGCUUGACUGAAAAGGCCGAUUUUUGUAGCCCUGCGAGCUCUUCAGAGCGGAGCGUGCGUGAUAGUUGCAGAUUUUAGGAGGCCGAGUGUCCUGGUUGCAGCGCCGGCUGCAGCCUCAUUGAGAGUGAGGCUGGGAGAACGAAGCUGGAGGGGGAACGUGUGACGUGUCGAUGGCGCACACUCUUUUCUCCAGUUAUUUAUUUUUCUCGGUUCUGGCUGGUACUGGCUGAAGCUAUUUGAAGCACAAGUUACAUUCAUGAAUGUUUGAAGCACUAGAGACUCACACGGGUGUCUCAGAUGUGUUAAAAUAUUGGUUUAUAACUUUAAAACUUGUUAACUUAGCAGUGAAAACAUGAUUCUGAAUUGAUAAACUUACUGACAAACCAGAGAAACUCACCAAGUCUGUGCCUUGAUGAAGAUGAAGCUGAUGUGGAGCUCACACUCUGAUAUUAUCCUCCUGUCUGUCUUUUGCUUGGCAGUUAAAUUCAUCUGACUUACAGCUCUCAUCCUCCUCUCUGAAAAGUUCAGCCUUCACAACAAGAGCAAAACCAUGAUUUGAAGCUGAGAGUAUGCUUAUGCAGUUACAGACCUUUAUAGGGGUGGGAGAAAAAAUAGAUACAGCAUGGUAUCACAAUAUUUUGUCUGGUGAUAUAUCGUCUCAUUUACCAAGUAUUUUUUUUUUUAAUUAAUUGUUUAUAUGAAGUAAAAUCUAUGAUAAUGGAAAAAUUAAAUCAACUGUUUGUCCAGUGAAGUUGGCAGAGGUGACAUCAUAGAGCAGGAGAAAGUUAGAACAACAAAUAUAUAAAAGGUUUGCAAGAUGUGCUACAUGAAAAUAAAAUUUAGCGUAAAAAAGACAAACAUAAAGAAAAGACAAAUGCUGAAUUAGCUAAACUGUUGAAAAAAUGGUAGAAAUCGCAUUAUAUUGUAUCACAAUACUCACUUUGUUGCAAAAUGUUAAAAAUAGCAACAAUAUCGUUUCGUGGCCCAAGUAUAAUGAUAAUAUCGUAUUGUAGUGAUUCCCACCCCUAGUACAUCAGAUACUUAGUAUACCGUAAAGCCGACCUGUUUCUACUUUUCUGCUCAGCUUUAGUGUUCGAUACUUUUCUCCUAGAGAGGAAAAAUCAUAUCAGGCAAUAACUAAGCUUUUAAGGUGUAACAACAGCCCAUGGAUUGGUUGAACAAUGACCCACUCAAAUCAGUAAUAAGUCUAAACCUUGUUUGACAUCAUUUUUUUAAUAUGAGUUUUAUUCUAAGUUGAGACAAAGAGGAUGAAAAAGACAUCAGCAGAUCAGACACAUUCAUGAUGCAAACAAUGGCGUUACAUGAUGGAUCACACAGGAAACAAGACAAACAUCGUCAGGCACCUGAAGCACAAACACAGUAUUGAUCCUGCUGCUAAUGUUGGCAUAGAUGAUGAGGAUGCUGCCACCUUCACCUCUGACCACCUUUUCAUCCCUGAAAAUAAAACGCCCAGAUUACAUGCAUGGUUAUGUUAAUGAUUUGAAGAUUACCAGGAGUUGUCAAGUCAAAUCAAUGUUGCUGUUUUUUGCUUUAGGUGAAAUGUAUUGCCAGUGGUAAUUGUAUUGUUACCAGUAUCACGAUCAUUAUUGGUUAAAGUAAUAGUAUUGAUAUUUGUAUCCUGAAGAUACAAAGGUUAGUGGGAUAUUCGUCUGUGGCCUGUUGUUCCUGUUUGAGCCCAGGUGAGUCACUACAGGAAAUCAGAGAAUGAGUAAAGACAGAUGACAGGAAAUAAUCAGCCAUGUUACAGCAGAAGCCAUGUUUUUAUUUUUCUCCUUCAUGGUCAGGCCGAAACCGGCAGCAGAUUAUUAUUUUCACCUCCCUUCAGCUGACCACACAAUCCCCCUCUGGCAGGACUCACGGCCAUGAUAGUGAAGGAAAGCUGAUUUAGAUGUCAGCCCACAUCCCAACAAUCAAAUCAGGCCGGAGCUGCUCUGCGGGCAGAGUCAUCUUUUCCAAGUGUCUGUGUUACAUGUUCAUAAUAGUAAAUAUGUUAUACUGUAAUUCACUGAUAGGAAAAAGUGUCUGCACUGAAGAAACAUACUGAUAACCGGGUUCAACUGUGACCCAGAUCACAGUGUGUAACAUGCAGUUCAGUACAUAGAUUCCUUUGCUACUAACUUUGUAUCUGGACUAAAAUCAAGGGUUUUCUGCGGCUGGUUGGUCCUGCUUUGCUCCACUGUUUGAGGUUAAAAAAGACAAAAACAGUCUGGAGCAGUUAUCUCACCCUCCCUCCAGUGAUAAGGCAAAGGAGCUGACCACUCCGCCAGAGCUGCAUAAAUUCUCUAAAAAGGUCUAGCCAUGACUCACUGUGUUUUAAUCAAAAUCAUAAUUGUAGGUUAGAGUCUGAGUAUUUUGGAAAAUUUGGCUGUACUGGUGCUAAAAGUAUGGUAAAUUUAUGGGGCUAGCAUUUUUAUCCAUCUUCUCAUGAGUCAAAUGGAUGCAGCUUAUUGUCUUGUUUUAAAAAAAAAAAAACUAUAAAUUGCAAAUAUUGCAGUUGAGAGAGAGCAUGUCUGUGCAGUUUUUUUUAUAAUGACAUGAAACACUAUGCCAGCUUUCACUCUGGGACAAGCGUACAAAAAAAACUACCUCCAGGCUUUGCCUCUCCACACCAGAGUGUUGGAUGAGAGCGAGUGUGACUGCUAGCAGAAGGUCAGGAUGGAUGCUGUGUUGACAUGGUAACGUGUGAGUGAUGAGGUGGGAUAGAGCCUAAAUUGGGUCUUUGUUGUUGGCGCAGCUGUCACCUAAAGGGAGGUCCCCCCCAACGGGGCCCAGCAGGGCUUCCCUUAAUGAGGAGCAGAGUGAUGGGGACACAGAUGACGCUGAUGCUUCUUCUUCAGCUAACAUGUAAGCACUAAUGCACCUCCAUAAACUACAGUCUAUGUUGACAGUCUGACUGUCUGUAGCUGCAGAUUCAGUACACUGAAAACAACCAUCAAAACAACCAUAUCGGCUUUUGCUGAGUGUCACAGAAACCCCCCCACCCCCAUCCCCAGUGGAUUGCUGGGAGUAGUGGGAUUAUUGGAUCCUGCCAGACACGCCCCAGGCUUGUGCGUGUAUUUGUGUGUAUGUGCACAUGUGCGUGUGUAAACUCCAGACCCCCUCCUGCACCAGCUGCUGUGUCCACACACCCUCAUAUAAAGUGUUGUACAGUAACCCUACCAGAAAGGCCUGAUCCACAUCUAGAACUGUGUUUAUACUAAAGAAAGACUUCCCAUGAUGCAUUGUGCUAUUGGUCCUUGACAUUAGGUUGCUUUUGGAGGGGCAAGGAAUGAAAGUAAGUGUAUAGAGGGGUAUAUGGAGGGGGAGGGCUGAAUAGGGGCUGUGUUUGUACAAGCUUGUUUCUAGAGGCCUGUAGAGGGAUUAUAGGAUCAGCCCCUGAUAAUUUCUCUCUCUUUCUCUCUGUCGCUCCCUCUCUUUCUUUUUUCCCCUCUGCUGAGUAUCUGGAUUGUUUUAUUCCCCGAGGCAGCAUCCCAACAUGUAACUUAUCUUUUAUUUUUGUAACAUCAACAGAUCGGUGUGUCCUUUUUACGUAAUUAAGGUCACUUUUUGAGAGUCCUGUAAAUGAAACCCUGAGCCUGUCUUGAUGGAGCACAGACAUUAUUCAUUGGAUUCUAUGCCCAUAGAGAUCUUCCAUUAGAGAUUAAUGGGAGAGAGCAAGAGGUCUGUUUCCUUCCCCUGGUGUCAGAUACAGAUGCAGAGGCGCAGUCUAGAUUAGGAAAAAGAUUGGUCAGAAAGAGCUUUCAAACCUCUGAUUUUCAGUCAAACUCUGCUUUGUAGCUAGAAUUAAGGCAAAAUGAUAGUUCUUUAUAUAGCUGGGUUUAUAGUAGCUAGUGUGUGUGCUGACCUGUGUCUUCAAGUGCGUGCUUCUGUCCAGCGGACCGCGUCCACCCACCUUGGCCCACGUCAGAAGCCCAGCUUUGAGAAUCGCCCGUGGGAUGGAAUUACAGCUCGGGCCUCUUCACGAACAGCUCGAUUGUCUCGGCUGUGGAAGGGACGGAUUUAUUGGAUACCUGAGAGAGCGUUCUCUCCUUCCCCUGCACUCUCAGCAACCUGCUUAGAGACAGGCCUGCAUUAUAGAUGAGCUUCUGGCAGCCACUGCACUCUCACAGCGCUCAGGUUACCCCCUCAGCAGAUACAGUAUGUAACAUAUAAGCAGCAUCUGUGUCCAUGGACUGAUGGUCUCAGAUGCAGACCAUGUCGCUGUAGGUCCCAUCAGGGAAUCUACUCUCGUCCCCUUGUCUGUCAUUCCUUUUCAUUGUUUUGAUGGCAAAUAUGGAAAAAGGCAAAGUGCGAUGAAACAACAGCAUGGUUGUGAGAUUAAUUCUAAUGCCAACGUUUGUAUUUGGACUGCCUCUGAUACAACCUUCAAUGCUGUAUCAGGUUUCAGUGAGUACAUCAGUCAGUGCGCCUAUCUGAGAUCAUAAAUUAUUACACACACGCACACACACAAAAGGACAAAAAUAAAGUUUUCUUCUUAUUCUUAAAGGAAGUUGUCAAACAAAAAAAAACUUCAUUCUGCAGAUCGCUGCUUGAUCGGAUAAGAGGGGUCCCCUGAGCUGUGAUUCAGAGUACAGCAGCUCUGGGGUUUGUAACUACAUUUAGCCGUCUGCUUCAGCUGUUCUGGGCACUGUUAAUUAAUGAUACAACAGACAGUCUUUGUCUAGAUUAACCCUCCUCACAUGCCACCAAAGAAAGAGCCAACAGGUUCUGGUUUCACUGCUUACAUAAUAAAGAAACAUAUCAAAUCUAAUGUAAUGUCUAAUGAGGAAGCAAGAGCGCAAAAUGUCCACUAGGAAGCUUAUCUAAGAUGUCCUUGUCAUGAAUCUUUGUUUUGUUGCUUUGUCUGAGAUGUAUGUUUAGGAAAAUAUUAAAUGAAUGAUGAAAUGAAGCAUGUGCAAAUCCAUGCACAAAUCAUACUAGAUUGGGGCUGGGCGAUAUGGCCUCAAAUCAAUGUCACGAUAUAUUGAGCAGUUCACCUUGAUAACGAUAAGUGGACAAUAACUACUCCACAAGCUGCUCACCCCCUCCCACAUUAACUUCGUCUACUUCAGCCAACGCUCCAGCCGCUACAACUUUUGAACCGUCCGCCAUCUUCUCACCUGUCUGUCCCUCUUUGUUGCAGACUGGAUGGUGUGGAGUCACGUCUCUGAUGUAGGAAAGCAUCUUAAAGGGACAUGAGACCAUAGCCUACCUACACACAUCCAAAAACAACUUUUAUUUAUUUAUUUAAAACCAAAUAUACUGAUGUGGGCAAAUUGACGUUGGUUAUUGUCAUUAAUUUCAGUAUAGGUAAAUUUUCGGUUCAUUGCUCAGCCUUAUAUCAGAUCUAUACUGGCUGAGUUUAAGUUCGAUGUUUUCAAAUAAUGAAAUGGUGCUUUUUUUUAACACUGGUAUUAAUUUGGUUCUUAGUAGCUGCUGCUGUUUGAGUUAAUGUAUCAAAAUGGACAUAUUCUGAUGACUCAUUCCUGGUCCAGUGAUUUAAAGCAUGCAUGGUUGGGGUUUGCAGCUUUGCAGCUUUGUAUAGCAGAAAUGUUAUUUGUAUUAGAGAGAUCACAGCUUUGUUGUACUUUGACCUAUGCCAACAGGAAAGGCUGUGCAUUCGUGCCAACUUGUCCCACAGAAGGAAACACAAACAAAGUGUGUUUCAGUUGGACGUCUGUUGGCUGUUGCCCUCUCCCCUUCAGGAAACUUCCACGUAACCAAAACCAACGCACUCCGUCUCCUCCCUACUGGACUUUGAUCUUCUGUUCCCGACUGUACACUCUGUACAGCUUCUCAAUAUCUCCCUCUCUCUCUCUCUCCCUCUCUCUCUCUCUCUCUCUCUCUCUCUCUCUCUCUCUCUCUCCAUCAGUCCUGGUUUCCUAACACUCCCUCAGCACAUGAUUGGAUUUUUAAAGCCAUGUCCUCAUGGGUUUAGGGAAGAUGGGGUAAAGUCAAGUGUCUUUUACGAAGUAUUUGACUCACAAGUCUUUAGCGCUUUUUGCUUUUUUUCCUCCCAAGCCCUCAGAUAGAAUAAAUGACCAUCUGUUUGUCUGACAACAGUGUACUCUACAGCUGAAACAAACUACAACCCAUAUGUGAAGGAUUUAAGUAUCUAUCAAUUUUGGAGCUCCUUUAGGUAGUGCUGGUUUAGUCACUGAAUAGUGGCAUUAAACACAGUACAGACCCAGAAACACUGGCAUGAAAGGAGCAGGAGAUUUUUGAGUUUCUAGGAUUUUCAACAUUUUGCAUCAUAGCACACCAUGGACGUGCAGUGAUGAGUUAACUGUCAUUGUCAAGGCUUUAAAAAGACUGAUGGAGCAGAUCAAACCAACUCAAGAGUCACUAGAUUGCACAAAGUUAUUUAUAGCACAGAAAAAGCAGGAGGUGGACACUGGGUUGUGAGUAAUUUGUCACCCAUUAUAAUCCUUGUUAAUCUGGGUUUGUUAUUUGAACUGGCCCAUUCUCUACUUUGGAACAUAUAUGGAUUUAUCCCAUUUGUUUUGGGUCCUGUUUUUUAGAGGGAUUCUUAAUGAAGAACAGCCCAUGCAGCGUUAUUCACACAUGCAUAAAACUCAUGAAAUCGUCUUUAAUUUUCCAGGUGAUCUGCAUGUGUGCACGUGAACAGCCAUCACUUUGUCCAGACUUUUUUCUCCAUGCCUCCUUGUAUAAUUAUUCACCGGUGAGCCAGCAGACCUCUGUGAGGGACAUGUGUAAACAAACUGCUGUGGAACAUUUUUAGACAGAGCACAUGUGUGAAGGAGGUUUAAAUGUGUUGGUUUGCAAAGACAAAUUAGCAGUAAAAUCCAACAUAUGAAUCCAUGCUGUGGAUCUGUGGAUAAAUUUAUACUGUUAUUUAACUUUGCAGCACCUUAAUAAACAUUUUUAAAUCGUUUCCUUUGAGAGAAAGCUGUCUUUAUAAAAAUUUGAUAAUCGGCGUCUAGACCUUCAGGAAAGUUGAGUCCAGCGGCGUCUUGUGUAACCCCGUUGGCUGCAGCCCUGAGGUGGCUGAGGCCGGCCCUGCUGGUUAAGCAGUGAGAAGAGGCUCUUUAUGCCAGAUGUUUCACUCUCAGCCUUCCUAAUACACAGCAAGACUUUUAAUCCUUGUGAUACUGUUUCUGCCUCACAGAGAACACUGUAAAGCCACGUGUGUGUGUGUGUGUGUGUGUGUGUGUGUGUGUGUGUGUGUGUGUGUGUGUGUGUGUGUGUGUGUGUGUGUGUGUGUGUGUGUGAUGGGUUUAGUCCAACUGAUUCCCAGAAAUUGACCGGAAUUGCAUUAUGCACUGUGCAGUAUCUUUGAUUCAGCAAUAAAUGCACUCAUUUUAUAGGAUUUCCAUCAUUGCUGUGAUUUCACUUUAUGGUUUCAAAUAAUUGUAGUGGUAGAUGUGAGAUGUGAGCUUCCACAACAGGACAUCUAUGCAAAGAAAUGAGUACUGCAUUGUUUUUGUGGGUAAAAUAAUUAGGAAUGGGAGAAAAAAUCGAUACAGCAUACUAUUGUGAUAUUUUGUCUGGUGAUAUAUCGUAUCCUCUCCUCUACCAAGUAUUAAUUUUUUUAAGUAGUUGCUAAUAUGAACUCAAGUCUCUGAGUUUAUCCAGUGAGGUUGGCAGAGGUGACAUCAUAGAGCAGAAGAAAGUUAGUACAACAAAUAUAUAUAAGGUUAGCAAGAUGUGCUACAUGAAAAUGAAAUAAAGCUUAAAUAAGACAAAUAUAAAGAAAAGGCAAAUGGUAAAUAAGCUAAACAGUUGAAAAAAUUGUAUAAAUCGCAAUAUAUUGUAUUGCAAUACUCACUGUAUUGCAAAAUGUUGAAAAUCACUAUAAUAUCGUAUCGUGGCCCAAGUAUCGUGAUAAUAUCGUGUUGUGGGGCCACUAGUGAUUUCCACCCCUAAUAAUGAUGCCCCAUGCAGUUAUAAUGGUAUUUAUAUUGUGUCACAGUGUCUACAGUCAGACAAAUUAGUCUUGUCCAGCUUUUAGAUGUGAAUUUCAUUUUAUUGUCUUCCUUAUGUUGGAUUUCAGCUAACCACUCUGUCCUUCUUGUUCUCCAUCUGUCUCUUAUCUAUGCAGGUGAAUUUCAGCAUUCAGACGAAACAGAUUGGUGUUAGGACGUGCCCCACUCACCAUCACUGGGCAGCCCAUGCACAUGCACGACACCAUGGGUAGCUCCCCCGAGGUGCUCUCGUGGACUUCCUGCCCCAGUCUGCUAGUGGGGAAGCUGAAAGAGGAGCUCAAACUCACCGUGGUUGGGGACGCAAUGAAGAAGUCAAACUCCCCCAACUCCCAGCCUCAGCCUCCACUGGCACCUCCAUCCAACCUACCUCCUCAGAUCAUUACCGACCUGGCCCCGCCCACACACCUGCCCGUUCCCCUGCAGACACCUGGGCAGGAUGAGGACUCAAUGCUGGGGGGUAUAAGUCCCCCAAACAUAGCUUUGAGUGUGGACUCCACACGCAGCGAGGGCGGGCAUUUUGACAACAGCGUGCUCCAGCUGCAGGAGCAGGACAACGAGGAGGCUGUGUCACCUGCAUCCUGUGAGCACGGAUGUGGGAGUGGGAUGGAGGAGCAGAUGGGUGAAGGGGACUGUCCCAUGGACCACAGCGGAGAGGGAAGGCAGCAUCACCCCCACCAUCCUGAUGACAUCAAGCUGCACUUCCACAGAGCGGGGCCCGGCUCAGGUGGAUUCUUGGAGGGGUUGUUCGGUUGUCUGCGGCCUGUCUGGAACAUCAUCGGGAAGACGUACUCGACAGAGUACAAGCUCCAACAGCAAGGUCAGUCUCAGUCCAUCUGAUGCAGUCUGCAAAUACAAUGAAAGAGCCACCCUUAGCUUCACACAGUGUGGCUGCUGUGGGUGAAACUGCUCUGCUGUCAGUUUGAAUUGAGGUCGUGGUAAAAGGUAAACUCACCUUGCUGCAGGGAUGCCUGCACACAGAGGCUGCAAGCACACAGAGUCAGGACAAUAGUGGAGGUUAGACAGAGCGAGGCUCAGCCAGCUAACGUGCAGCAGUGUAUUUUCUCCUCCCUGCUGGUUUAAACCACAUACCAAGAGUGGAUAACCAUCUGACUCAGUGUUUAUAUAUCUGACUCACUCUUUAUAUAUCGGAGACAUUUAUAACAGUUGUUUACAGGGCUGAAGAUUUAUUGAUGCUCAGUGUGGCUAAACCAUAUGGGACUAACAAGUGACUGUGACCUGGACACAGAACUUUUGAACGAAUAGAUUGACCUCUUAACCGACUUGACACUGAUGUGAGGUUAAUGUACAACCAACAGAGACUAAAGAAAGUCAUUGCAUCUAUUUCAGGAGAAAUACUGAAACACAUUAUUACACAGGAUAUGAUUACACGUGCUUUUAGAUAAACUUUGUUGUCACUGGCCCGAGCACAGCCAGCUGUUCUCCCUAUUUCCAGUCCCUGUGCUAAACUAAGCUGCUGACAGCUGCUUUUUCAGUUUCAUAUUGAUCCUGCAGAACAAAUGUUGUCAGUCCACUUAAUAACACUCUUGCUAUGAUAGAGAAUUGGUUUGUUGUCUAAAAAAGAGUGAAGAUGACAGCACUGAGCAGAAACAAAUCAUCUAAAAGAGACCAUGUGUUGCUCCUGUUUUAACAAAAUGUGGUUACCUUGUUUCCAGACAUGUGGGAAGUUCCGUUUGAGGAGAUCUCAGAGCUGCAGUGGCUCGGCAGCGGCGCACAGGGGGCCGUCUUCUUGGGCAAGUUCCGCUCUGAGGAGGUGGCUAUCAAGAAGGUGCGUGAGCAGAAGGAAACAGACAUCAAGCACCUGAGGAAACUCAAGCAUCCAAAUAUCAUCAGCUUCAAGUGAGUCUAAACUAUUGAAUCUUGCACUUUUACCUCAUGGUAUCUUGAUUUUCAUGAUUGUAUAACGAAGUUUUUAGAAUGUGUAUUGUUUGCAGCUCUGAGGUUUACCAUUUCUAAGUUUUCUUACGUAUUUGCCUUGUUUUUUCAUUCAAGGGGUGUGUGCACGCAGGCACCUUGUUACUGCAUCAUCAUGGAGUACUGCGCUCAGGGCCAGCUGUACGAGGUGCUGAGGGCAGGGAGGAAGGUGACCCCCAGGCUGCUGGUGGACUGGGCCUCAGGCAUCGCCAGUGGCAUGAACUACCUUCAUCUGCACAAGAUCAUCCACAGAGACCUGAAGUCUCCCAAGUGAGUUAGAUUUUUUUUCUGUAUAGUAAAACCAGACAAGACAAUGAUCUCUGGAGACUCUGAUUCGAUUUUACAUUCAUAAAAAAAACUCUGAACCGAGUUAAAAAAAAAAAACAGGAAGAGCUACUGCGAAAUAAAGGUUUGAGUUUUGAGAUACUGCAGUGUUCCCUUUAGGACGGGGAUCUAGUUGUGGUGGUGUGUGAUCUGAGACCAGAGGGGAGUAUUCACCUUUUGGCGGUGUGAGACUUUUUUGGAGGGGGUGAUUAAUCAGCUGUGGGAUCCAGACGACAACUCGCUAAUACUUGGCACAUGCUCACCCCGUGGUGCAGCAUACUGCCAUUCAUACAAUAUAUUACGUAAAUUUGCUCUCACGUAAAAAAAAUCAAACAAAAAUUUAAGAUGUGGAGGCUUUUAUUUUGCCAUGACUGAGUGUCACGAUCAACCACAUGUAGGGGAAACCCUGUUCUGUAUCUCCAUUAGUUAAAAGAAGUGAAUAUCUGUAGCUUUACUUGAGCAGCAGAGUACAGUGUGUUCUCUUGUGUUGUUAUGGUUAUUCAGCAGCUGAUCUGUAAAUCUCACGAAAACUGCUUAGCAGCCUUGUUUUGUAUUUCUUAGCCCACAGCGACUAAAACAAUCCUUCUUUUCAGCUGUGCUUGGUUUGACAUUAACUUAAAUGCCAUUCUUGGAAUUAAUAAAAAGCGAGUCUCCUUAGUGUUUGAGGAAGACUCAGUGUCCUUUCUGAUGCUGCUCAUCCAAGCUCACCCCUGCACACACUGUAGCCCUGUUUCUCUAAUCAAUAUUAUCAUGCUGCAGCAGUGCUGAACACUGUAUUAGUCAGCAGAACGAUAGCAGGCUGAAUGUGCUGGAAAGGUCAGUCUCAUUUAGCUAAUGGAGUGAUUCAGAUGCAGAAAUGGGCUUCAGUCACAGCUGAGUCUUUUGAAAUGCUACCAAUAAAACUCAUUCCUCUUUCAAGAUAUCUGGAUAGUUGAACGCGGGUCAUUCGACCAGAAUUAGUGUCAGGCUGACGCUGCUCAGCCCUGGUUAUGAAAGGGUCAACACAGGUUAUAAAGAUCACUGAUCAGUCUAACAAGUCUGUGUGUUUUAUGUGUGUGUGUGUUUCAGUGUUUUGGUCACCCACAACGACACUGUGAAAAUCUCUGACUUCGGGACGUCCAAAGAGCUCAGCGACAAGAGCACAAAGAUGUCAUUUGCGGGUACGGUGGCCUGGAUGGCCCCAGAAGUGAUAAGAAAUGAGCCUGUAUCUGAAAAAGUUGAUAUAUGGUGAGUACUUAAACACACACACACACAUAUUAUAAAGACGUAUAUAUAAACUUAGUACAUUUAGAAGGCAUGGUCUUUGAAGACUCUAAUAAUGUUAAAAACAAUCUUUUAUUCUAGUGUAAACAUCGAGUCGUCUACCAAGUCCUGAUUUUUGUUUGCUUGUGUGUUGCAGGUCAUUUGGAGUUGUGUUAUGGGAGCUUCUGACUGGAGAGAUACCCUACAAAGACGUGGACUCCUCAGCCAUCAUUUGGGGGGUUGGCAGCAACAGUCUCCACCUUCCUGUCCCUUCCACCUGCCCGGAUGGCUUCAAAAUCCUCAUGAAGCAAACAUGGUGAAGUAGAAUCCUUGCAAAACUAAUUAAUUAACACAAGUCUGAAACCAGCACUGUUUCGAUUACUGACCUGAUCUCAAAUCCAUCUCCUCCCCAUGUUUCCUGCUGACACCAGGCAAGGCAAACCCAGGAACAGGCCUUCAUUUCGUCAGAUCCUCCUACACCUUGACAUUGCCUCUGCUGACGUCCUGGGAGCUCCUCAGGAGACGUACUUCAAGUCUCAGGUCUGCAUUGUUACCACAAUCAAAACACCUUUGUGCUGUCUUUGUUAAAGCUGCUGGAAUGAAACGAUCGACCACUCGUCUUCGUCAUUACUUUUCUUUUUAAACACAAAGAGUGACUUUGUAUUUGUUUGCCAAUGUUACAGUCAGAAUGGAGGGAGGAGGUGAAGAAACACUUUGAGAAGAUCAAAAGUGAAGGCACAUGCAUCCACAGGCUGGACGAGGAGCUCAUCCGACGCCGACGAGAUGAACUCCGGUAUGUAACAUAGGAGAGAGAAAUUCAUUCAUGAAAGGACGAAAGCAGAAGUCAACAUGAUGUCCAGUUUACAAACUGACAUUUUUUGCACAUUUCCAGGCAUGCUCUGGACAUCCGGGAGCACUACGAGAGGAAACUGGAAAGAGCCAACAACCUCUACAUGGAGCUCAGCGCCAUCAUGCUGCAGCUGGAGGUCCGAGAGAAGGAACUGAUGAAGUAUGUAAACAGGUUAUCACAGUAGUCAUGAGCGUGCUUUGCUACUAUCCUGCUCCUUUCUUUCCUAUCAGACCUGACAGACUGUAAAUAUACUCGUACUUCCUCCUUCUUCUCAAAGGCUUUUGAAAUGAUUACAAUAGUCCUUUACAACAGCCGAGGGUGUAUUCAAGACCGCAGGAAACAGAAGUCAGUGUUUUGUUUGGUUUGCUCCCACUUGAACUUUAAGACAUUUGGAGUCACACAAUGAACAAUCUCAGACAUUUUUAUCAAAUGAACUUCCCUUGAAGCUUCUUGGAAUUUCUGUUGUUGUUUGUUUUUGCUUUGAAUGACUUAGAAAUAAAGAAGAAUGAGAAUCAUCAACAUCCCACAUUCCGCUUUUACCUCCUACCAGCUAUUUUUACACCUGUCAGAAUUUCCUUCCUCCCCUGAAUCACUCCUGUGUGUGUCGUCCUAGUACAACAGGACAGCCUGCACUGAAUGGGAACCUGGAAGUGAGUUUUCUGAACUAUUUCAUAACCUUCAAUUUUAUCCUGUCAUCCCUGCAGGAGAGAGCAGGCCGUCGAGAAGAAAUACCCCGGCACCUACAAGCGGCAUCUGGUCAGACCCAUCGUCAGGUCCAAUGCUGUGGAGAAGCUCAUCAAGAAGAAGGGAAGCAUUUCCCACAAACCAGGGAUGCCGCCCGCUAAAAGGUCAGAAGCUGUUCGAAUAAAGCAAGAAGACGUGAAAAGUCUUACUCUUGUUUCAAAUUCCUAUCACCACGUCAGCCUUAGCGCGUUCAAAUCGAGAUUGACAUUUACUGAUCAUAUAAAAGUGACAAGUCUCUCAUUAAUCUUGCUGAAUUCAUUUAUUUCAGGCCAGAUCUGCUUCGCUCGGAUGGCAUCCCCAGUGUCGACCCUCUCCCCUCCCCCUCACCUCUGUCAGCCAGCCCAAAGGUUUCCACACCUCCCGGCAAGGCUCGAUACAGAAGCAAGCCUCGCCAUCGCCGCGCCAACAGCAAAGGAAGCCACAGCGAGUUCCCUGGGAUGCUGAAACCUAUAGCUGGAGCUCUAGAAGACACCCAGUCUCUCCAGGAGCAACAGUUCCACCAUCACCACCACCACCACCCACUACCUGAGGGGCCCCUCCUUCCCUUAAAGGGCCGCGAGGAGGCCGUCGUCAACUGUGCCAAUAACCUACGCUAUUUCGGCCCCGCUGCCGCCCUUCGUAGCCCUCAGACGGACCACCUGCAGCGCCGUGUUUCUGAAUCCAGCCCAGACCUCAUUUCCACUGCAGUGGACGCAGAUACACGACAGAGGACUUCGUCCACCAGCUCUAACCCGGUCCCUGGUGCUGGUUCUCUGUGUCCCUGCUGCCAAGCGCACCCCUUCCCUGGAUGCCUUCACUGUCAGGAGACUCCUCCUGUAACAAACCACCCCGAGUUACCUCACUACUCACUGCUCAACACCCAGGAAAACACCCAGUCCUCUUUGGGGGUUCCUGGCAAAGACCCUUCCUUGGACGGAGAGGCCACAAAGAAAGCUGAGCCGCAGGAACAAAACACAUCCCAACACUCAAACACCCUCCCCACUGCACUGCCGCGCGUCCUCAGACCUCUCAGGAAGGUGAGCACAGCUUGAAGUUUAACGUGAUUGGCCCUGUGGUGUGUGUUUGUGUUGUGAAACUGGUGGAUUAACAGCUGGGGUUGUGUCUCUUUUAGGGCGGCGAUGAGUCAUCUGAAGAGGAGGAGGGGGAGGUUGACAGUGAAGUGGAGUUUCCAAGGAGACAGAGGUAAAGUUGAUCAUGAAGUUUCCCACCUUGAUGUAAAACUGUUAUAUAUCAUGCUGUGCAACAAUGGUAAAAGUUAGUCUCACCUCAUCAUGUCCACAAUAGGAAUUAACACCAUCAUUACCAGUCUUAAAGGAAACUUCUGUAUAAAAGCAGCCUAAAAAAAGUGUCUUUUUUUCUCCCUCACAGACCUCAUCGCUGUAUGAGCAGUUUCCAGUCCUACUCCACCUUCAGCUCUGAGAACCUGUCUGUGUCUGACGGUGAGGAGGGAAACACCAGCGACCACUCCCACAGUGGACCCCUGGAGAGGCUGAGUGCCAGUCAGGAGGAGCACCUGGAUGAGCUGCUGUCACACACGCCUGACAUCCCCAUUGAUAUCUCCACCCAGUCAGACGGACUCUCUGACAAGGAGUGCGCUGUCCGCAGAGUGAAGACCCAGAUCUCGCUGGGGAAACUGUGCUCAGAUGAACACAGCUACGAGGUGAGCACUGGGGAUAUGUGAAGUUCAUCCAUGUCAGCCGUGGAUGAUUUUCAAAUUUAGAGCAGAUAUUUGUUAUUCCCAGAGGAUGAACCACACCACUUUUGAGGAUAGCAAGAGCUGUAUGAUCAUAAACCACGAGUACAAAGAGAAAGAGCAGGUACCUCACCUGUGUAUUUGUACUGCAUUCAUGUUUUUCCAUCUUUCGCUCUUGUUUUCCCUCUCCCAGAAUCCACUACAGUUUGGGGACUCGGACUGUGACUCAUCAGAGGCAGAGUGCUCCGAUGCCACCAUCAGAAACAACAAAGUUGGAGCCCCCUCCUCCUGGUGAAAAGCCCCAGGACUCGGUUCUGUUUUUGCCUGGAGGUCGACAUGUCCCACUCUGCUUUGCAGAAAACACAGCAAUAAGAGGACCACAUUGUAAACAAAGAUCCCCACAGCAAAUUCACCCUGCAGUCUCUCCCAGACCCCCCCACCCCUCUCCCUUCCUUCCCUUCCUUGCAUUAAACCCAGUCUACCCCAUCGCUAGCACAGCAUCCAGGCAACCCAUGGCAGGGAUUCCCUUUUGAAUGAUAAUGUACAGUAGAUAGUGCUCAUAAUUUAUUUUUGUCUGAGUUUUGGAGGAAAAUUCAGGACUUCUGUAUAUUCUCUGGUCCAAACAGAGACAAAAAGACUUUUGAAGACAUUUUGAAACUGGGCUAACUGUGCGUUGGGGAGAGACUGAGACUGGACAAAGACGCAAAUGAUACUGAUGAUGAUGAAAAAGUGGAGGAUAUGUUGAAGUGUUUCUAAGAGGCUGAUGACCAGAAGAUGAAAUGACAUCACUGCGACUUUUGGCAUCAAAACAGAGAUUCAAGCCUUGAUCUGGCUGUCUGUCUUUUCUUCUUGUUAAAGAUCAAACUCUUCAACUGACGCAGAGACCUGCUCCAAUUACGAUCAAAUGGCUUUAUCAUGAGUUUACACUGCACAGCCUCAGUUUCUCACCUCCCAAGCUUCCAUCCCUUCACCCCCCACGCUGGGUGGGGAAAAAGGGAGCUCAUGAAAACAGUGCGAUCACCAGCAUGAACAACCUGCCUCGCAGCCGGACUCCCCCCUCCCUCCCUCUCUCUCUCUCUCUCUUCCUAGAACCAGUGUCCAGUCAUCAAGGAUCCAUGCUGAACUGUUCUAGCAUGCCGGUGCAGCUCGCAAAAAUGCAGACGCUGCCGUAAGACUGCAUGAAGUGGACGAGCCAGCAGGGUCACAGCGACGAAGAUUAAACACACAGAAAAAAAGACACUAUUCCUCUGUGACACAGACCAUCCUUCUAGGAGACACGCCAACGUCAUUGUCAUCAACAAUCAGAUGUCAUGACCUAGAGUUGUUAAGGGAGUUUGAUGUGUGUACGUGCGUGUGUGUGUGUGCGUGUGUGAGUGUGAAAACAAAGCCUGCUCCUCUUCAUUAGACAUUACAGUUUCAAGUCUCAUCUCAGGAUAGUUCGAGGACUGUGAGAAACUGGACUGGACCAAUUGUUGUGUGUAGGAAUCUGCUUUGCGUGGCACAUAAUAUGAACCAGGAUUAUUAACAAAAAAAAUGUCUUACAGGUAGCCUCGAUGUUCAACCCUUUAUCGCUGUAUCAGAAAAUAAUAUUUAUGUAGAACAUUUAGUUGCAAUCCAGGUGCAGUAUCCCUUUUCCCGAAACUUCUGGGUGCAGCAUCUCCCAUGUACCAUUUUCUCGCAGGGUAAUAAUCUAUGCUGUCCAAUGUGCAGCAUCCAAUAAUUGUAUAUCUGUGCUGUAGUGAGUAAAACAGCAAUAACAUUGUAGAUCGGGGCGUCUAGCAGGCUAGACACAACACAGUGACUGGUGGCUAGAAAGGAGUAGUAACAUAGAUGCUUUAUUUGUUAAAUCGUCCCUUCUUUGUAAACUUGCCUUUCCAGAGAUUGACGCUCAGGUUUCAUGUUGUUAUUUAGAGCAGGAGCAAUAUAUCCACAGCCACUAGAUGGCGACAGUUACAAUGAGUUUUCUUUGUGUUAUAUAAACAUCCCCAAUCCAUGACUUUUUUUUCUGACCCCAGGGAAUUAAUCUAAUCCAAGAAUCCCAGCAAUAUCACUUUUUGUCUUGCUGUCUUUGAAAUGGGAUACUGCACCCGUGAGAGCUGUAUUUUUACCCCGUGAGCGUGUUUGUCACCCGCUUUAAUUAAUGACUGCGCAGUUGAAUUAACAGCCAGCCAGGGUUGAAUCUAAUGAUAAUGAUGUCAAGCUUAAGUGUAUGCAGACGGCUGAGUUUCUAAGUUAGGAAUAAAAGCCAGAGACAAGGCCACAGAGCAAUUAAGCUGCUCUUGGUUUUCAAACAACCUCAUCUCAGUGUUAGUUACUCCUGUAUAUAAUCAUCUGUAAAUGUAAUGUAACCUGUUUUUGUCCCCUCUCUGUAAUGUACUGCGCAUCUCAGACAGAAGCCUGGAGCUCUAACAACCAGAUAAAUGGUAGAAAAUGAGCAGGAAAUACUCUAAUCUAUAUCACAUCAGUAUUGAACACUGCAGGAGGGGGUGAGUCAUGUGAUCAUAGUUGCAGGCAGUGAAUCUAAACCUGUACUGAUGAAUUAAUUACCUUUUGCCUGAAAGCUUUGGAGAGGCUAACACCUGGUACUGAAAGUAGCUGCUGCCUUUCCUCAAGCCUCCCUCUUCACCCUCUUGUUUACGUUUGUGUGAAAUAACCCAGUGUAAUGUAAUGAGUGGAUAAUCCCAUCAAGCUGUUAACAUUUGUCUCUCUGGCAUAUAUUCUGUGAAGUAUGAUUGAAUGUUGAAAAGUUUUAAUUUAAUUUGGAUUAUUUUUUUUCUUUGUAGCUGGCCUACAUGAUUAUUGAGUUAAUUUAUUAUGAAUGACUGCUAAGGUGUUCUUUUUAAUUUCAGGCAGCUUUGGAAAUGUGAUUUCUCCUGAAAAGUAUUAUGUAAAGGAAGCACAAUGAAUUGAUAUGGGAAGAAGACAGUAUUUUUAUGAUAGAACAAAAAGCAUUGUCAUAAAACGAGCAUCUCCUGUUUUUUUUUUAAAUUAUUAUUAUUAUUUGGGACCAUUCAUCAUUCUGAUCUUCAUUGAGGUUUGAUUAGCAACAUCAAGUUUUAUUUAACCUGACAUCGUAAUUGGACUGUGGCAGCAGGGUAAACGCAAUGUCAAGCCUGUUGUUAUGUGUGAUGCUGAUUUCUGUGCUUCUGCAGAGAUCCCUUCCCCUCAUUUUUAAUCUGAAUACCAGUUACUUAUAUCUGAAUUUCUGUGAAAUUGUCUCUAACUGUUGACAUCAUGUUGCCUCAUCCCGUGUAUCAAACAUCUGUUUUCUUUGUUACUCUCAUUUUCCAACUCCCUUCCUGUUGAAUGGCAUUACGAUCAACCAAUCCUGUCAGUUUCCUUUAUUAUCCAGUGUACAGUGCAAUGGGUAUCUGGGAGAACAAAAUCAGAGCAAACAACUGCAUGGAAUAAAUGCUGAUGUACUGUACCCAACACAC